AUGGCUAAGCAAUCAUUAGACGUCACCUCUGACAGAAGAAAGGCUAGAAAGGCAUACUUCACUGCCCCAUCCUCCGUUCGUCGUGUUUUAUUAUCUGCUCCAUUAUCUAAGGAAUUAAGAGAACAAUACGGUAUCAAAGCUUUGCCAAUCAGAAGAGAUGAUGAAGUUUUGGUUGCUCGUGGUGCCAAGAAGGGUCAAGAAGGUAAGGUUUCUUCUGUUUACAGAUUGAAAUUCUCCAUUCAAGUGGAUAAGGUUACUAAGGAAAAAUCUAACGGUGCCUCCGUCCCAAUUAAUAUUCAUCCAUCUAAGGUUGUCAUCACCAAGUUGCAUUUGGACAAAGACAGAAAGGCUUUGAUUCAAAGAAAGGGUGGUAAGUUAGAAUAA